AUGCCGAAACCAUCAUAUAUUCAAGCUGAAGAAUUACGAGACAUAAUUAAGAAUAAAACCAAGAUUCCAGGAAAAGAUUAUUUGAUUGUUGAUGUUCGAGAUGAUGAUUAUCAGGGAGGAAAUAUACCAAACUGCAUCAACAGACCAUCUGAUAAUUUUGAAAACAGCCUCGGUGCCUUGAUAUCUGAAUACAGUCAAGUGCGAGGUCCAUCGUGCGCAAUGACCUAUGCCAACAAGGUAAAUACCGACCAAGAAGUUCACAUCUUGAAGAGUGGGAUGGAAGGAUGGACAAAAAUUUACAAGGAUGAUUCAGAAUUGCUCGAAAAUUACGAAGAAGAAGGGUGGAAUUAUUAG